GCCACGAGAGACCGUCUAGCAAAAGCACCUAGGCCUACGAACUGCCGCGGAUGUCGUCAGCCAUGCGGAUCCGGGGAAAAGGCUGCCGAAACCGGCCGAUAUGUGCGCCCAAAUACAGCCUGAUCCUGCUGCUCCUCAAAGAGGCUCGCCUAGGGAGAUAUGGUGCUUCCCGGGAACCACGCCAUCGGUGUUGACGUUGGGGGAACAAAUACAGAUGCCGUCAUUCUCCACAACCAACGCGUGCUCGCAUCGCACAAGACCCCGACUACACCCGACAUCCAGACCGGCGUUGAGCUUUCCAUCUGCCAGGUCAUCAACAAGGCCGCCAUUCCACGGUCAAGCAUCAACUCUGUGAAGAUCGGCACCACCCAGUUCGUCAACGCUGUCCUCGAGCAAGAUGCCAGCAAGCUCGACAGAGUUGCCGUCAUUCGACUCUGCGGACCCUAUUCUCAAGGCUCCCCGCCGUUCGCAGACUUCCCCACCGGUCUGCGCAAACUGGUAGAGGGACACUGCGGUUACGUCGACGGUGGGUACCAAGUGGAUGGACGACAGAUCUGCCAACUUAACCGCGUCCAGCUGGACCAGCAGGCUGCCAUCAUUAAGCGCAAGGGGAUCAGUGCCGUGGUCGUGGUGGGCAUAUACUCGCCCUCUGAUCCGUCUCAGGAGGAUGAGGCUGCAUCGUACCUUUCAGCUACCCUCGGCCCGAGCUACGAUAUCUCUUGCUCGCACCGCGUCGGAAAGCUGGGCUUCCUGGAACGCGAGAAUUCUACUAUUCUGAACGCGUCGCUUCGCCGCUUUGCUCGCCAUGUCAUCCGCGGUUUCGAGACCGCCGUCAAGAGCUUGGGGAAAUGCAGGCUGUACAUUACCCUUAAUGACGGGACGCUUUCCGCUUCCGAGGACGCGUCCUCCCUUCCCGUGCGAUGCUUCUCUUCGGGACCUACCAACAGUGCAAGGGGCGCUGCCUUUCUCGCAGAGAGCCAGCUACGGAAGGCCAGCGCGGAGGAUAGCGAGGUCUUGGUGGUAGAUGUCGGCGGCACUACGACCGACAUCUGUGCACUCCUAAAAAGUGGCUACCCGAGGCAGUCGGCGGCCUUUGUAAAGAUCGCGGGCGUGAGAACCAACUUUACCAUCCCGGACGUACACAGCAUCGCCCUUGGAGGUGGCUCAAUUGUGCGGGAAACAGACGGCCGAACUACUGUAGGACCCGACUCUGUUGGUUAUCGGCUGGAACAAGAAGGCCUCUAUUUCGGAGGCAGCACCUUUACCACGACGGACCUCAUCUUAACGAACGAGCGCACGAAGUCGAUCACCCCAGAAACCAGAAAGAAUGCCUUUGCCGAGAUCAAGAGGGCCAUCGAAAUUGCUAUUGACCAGGUUAAGACUAAAGCCGGAGACGCCACUGUUAUUCUUGUGGGCGGAGGCAGCAUCAUCCUGCCCUCCUCCCUAUUAGGUGUCUCUAAUCUUGUCCGUCCGAAGCACCUCGACGUCGCCAAUGCAGUAGGUGCUGCCAUCGGAAAGGUCAGCGGUGCUGUCGACAAGGUUGCCGUUCCGGGUGAGAAAACUAUGGACGAGCAGCUGGAAGAAGCUAAGGCAUUGGCCAUUAAGAGAUGUGUCGAGGCUGGCGGUAAGUUAGAGACGGCCGAGAUAGUCGAUGUUGAUGUCAUUCCGAUAUCGUAUGUCACUAACGGGGCGACGAGGCUGAUGGUCAGGGUCGUCGCGGACUUGAACGAGAGUCAGCAACUUAGCGCAGAUUUGAAAGAAGAUCCAGGUGGGAGGGACUACAUCGAGGGUGAAAACGAACCGGUAGACAGCCCGCACGCGUUCGACAUCAUGGACAAGCUUCGGAUACCGCACGAUCAAACAAGCGGCCUCAGCGACACCACGGAGAAAGCUUCAGGGUAUAAUGUCGAUACGCUAAUCGACGUCGCAACAUACCGUCCAAAUCUGAAAGGAGAUAUAUGGUACCUAUCCGAGACCGACCUGCAAUUCCUUCAAGACGGGACUGGCGUGCUCGGCGUUGGAAGUUGUGGCGAAGCGUACCCCAGCUACAUCGCAUGCCUUCAGCGUCUGCGCGCCGGCAAGCCCAUCACUAUUAGACGGCAAGACAGCAUUCGCGACGAUGCCGUUAUUAUAGGCGGCGGUUUCAUGGGCAGUCCUACCGUCUACCUGGAAAGAAUCCCCGGCGAGCAUGAGAUCACAAACGCCAUUCAAGCCGUCCUCCGCGCCACCAACCUCACCACCUUCGACGCCAUGAUCCCCAACGAAAUCGGCGGCAUCAACGCCUUCGAAGCCCUCCUUGCCUCCUCCCGCUUCGGUAAACCGACGCUCGACGCAGACGCCGUCGCGCGCGCAUACCCCUUCCUCUGGCAAACCGUCCGCUGUCUCAACGGCGUCUCCAUCGCUCCAUGUGCCGUAGCCGACGGAACAGGUUCCCAAACCGUGCUCCAGGAACAAAAUUCAUUCCAGCAUGCAGAGCAUGUGAUGCGACAGGCCUGCACAGACCUAGGGAGCCUUGCGGGGCUGUGCGUGAAUCCCCUUCGCGGGGACGAAGCGCGCACGCUGCCCAAGAACACGUUCAGCUGGGCGUGGAGCAUCGGGCGGAGCAUAGCGCUCUCGCGCCACCGCAAGCAAGACCCGGUGCAAAACCUCGUCGCCGAGCACAACGGUUCGCUCCUCUUCGCCGGCAAGAUCAUCUCCGUCACGCGGCACGUAUCGCGCGGCUUCACGCGCGGCAGCACCAGACUACAAUCUUUCGCCGAUGACGAGCCGUCCGCCUCGCCCUCCUACCUCGCCGUCGAGUUCGAGAACGAGAACCUGUCCGCGGUGCUGCAACGCCCUGGCGCGGAGGAUCGCUUGCUGGCUAUCUGCCCCGAUCUAAUCACGUUCUUGGAUCGGGCGAAUGGUGCGCCGCUAGGCGUGAGCGAUUACAAGUACGGUCUUCGGGUCAGUGUGGUUGCGCUGAGGGCGAACCCUGUGUGGACGAGUGAGAAGGGGCUGGCAGUGGGUGGACCGAAGGCUUUUGGAUUAGAUAUGCCAUAUGUGCCCGUGGGGAAGAGCGAGUAUGAGGCGCCGAAGAGCGUGUGGGAGAUUUUUGGAGAGAGUGGGUAGACUUGCGUAGAGCAUACAGUCUGGAGUUUACUUAGAAGCGUGCUUUAGAGAGGCAUGUAUGGGAGUUGAACGUCUGAAGAACGCGAGACAGAAA